AUGUUGUUAAUUAACCGAAAUGAUAAUGAAAAUGUAGAAGAUGACAAGAAAUAUAAAUUCAAUAUAUCGGGAUUUUUCAAAAAGAAAGGAGAUGAACCAAAGCCUAUACAAGAAGAAGAUGAGGUUGAAGAAGAAUUUAAUUACUCAACUAUGAUUAAUGAUGAAGAAAGAUAUACAUCAUUUGCAACUGAAUGUAUAUCGUUACAAAAUAGUGAAAUGUCAAAUUUUGAAGAACCAAGUAGAAAGCCACAACAGCAACCACCAGAAAGGCCACCAAUUAGAAGAAAUUUGAAAAGUUUAUUACGUAUUGGUUCAUUUACAAAUCAUAAUAUAUAUUCAACCAAUCCACAUCACACAGAAGAAGAUUAUCUGGACCUGGAGUCAGAUUUAAAUUUUGAUCCAAAACAUGAAGAAAAUGAAGAUGAUUAUAAAGUUGGUGGUUAUCAUCCGGUAACAAAAGGUGAAACAUAUUAUCUGAAAAAAAAUUCAUAUUUAAUACUUCGAAAAUUGGGUUGGGGACAUUUUUCUACUGUUUGGUUAGCAAAACAAAAUGAGGAUAAUUAUGUUGCAGUGAAAUUUGUUAAAUCAAAUAAGAAUUACACUGAAGCAGCAAGAGAUGAAAUACGGAUAAUGAAAACAUUAAAUGAUCCUAUAAAGUAUUAUGAACAUUUACCGGAGAGAUAUUUGACAUAUUUUGAAAAUCAUGAUUCUGAAAAUGUAAUGAAAUUAUUAGACGAUUUUGAAAUUACAGGUCCACAUGGAAGUCAUAUAUGUAUGGUCUUUGAAAUAUUGGGUGAAAAUAUACUUAAUUUAAUUUAUAAUUAUAAAAAGUUUUAUAAAUCAUUAGAUACUAAAAUUCAAAAAAAGGGUGAAGAAAUCAAAUUUACUAAAAAAGAUACAAUUAUGAAAAGUACAAAAUCGAUGUUGAGUUUGGGAUUAAAAGAGAAUUCUAUAUCACCUGUUGAAACUGAAGAAGAGGAGGAGAUUGAACAAAAAUUAAACUCAAUGAAUUCAGAAUCACUUGUUAAAUUAAUGGAAACUUCAAAAAAUGUUGGUGGAAUUCCAUUAACAUUAGUUAAACAAAUUACAAAACAAAUGUUGCUAGCAGUCAACUAUAUACAUCAUUGUGGUGUUAUACAUACAGAUUUAAAACCCGAAAAUAUACUUAUAGAUAUAAAAGACAUUAAUAAAAUUAUAAAAACAAUAGAAGAUAAGAAACCUCCAAGUAGAAGGACUUCAAUUUUUAGAAAAAAUUCAACUAAACAAUCAUCGUCGUUAACAAGAACAUUAUCAACGUCAUCACAAUCAUCAUUUUAUUAUAAAAAGAAAUAUUAUGAUUCACCAGUUAGAUCAUCAAAACCAUUUUCGACUUCAGUAUCGUCGGAAAUUCUAUUUAAUGACGUUGAUUAUACAAAAUCAGUUUCUAAAGCAAUAAGUCCACGAAAGUUUAGUUUUGAUGAACCUAAAAUUUCGAUAAAAAUCGCUGAUUUUGGUAAUGCAACAUUUACUGAUGAACAUUUUACUAAUCAAAUUCAAACUAGACAAUAUAGAUCACCAGAAAUUAUAAUGAGAUAUAAAUCAUGGGGGGCAUCAACAGAUUUAUGGUCAAUAGGAUGUAUAAUAUUUGAAUUAAUUACUGGAGAGUUUUUAUUUGAUCCACACGAUGGGAAAUUUUUUGAUAAAGAUGAAGAUCAUUUAGCUCAAAUUAUAGAAUUAUUAGGACAUUUUCCAAAUGAUGAAUAUUUAGUAGAUUGUAAAUUAACAAGUAAAUUUUUUAAAUUACAUCCUGAAGAUCAUAGAAAAAUUAUAUUUAAAAAUAUUGAUAAUUUGAAAUAUUGGGAUUUAAAAAGUGUAUUAAUUGAAAAGUAUAAAUUUGAUAAAAAUGAUAUUGAAGUUGAAUUAAUUAGUGAUUUAAUAUUAAAAUGCUUAAAAUUUGAAUUAAAUGAAAGAUUUGAUGCAAAUUCUUUAUUACAACAUCCAUGGUUUGAAGAAACUUAUGGAUUGGAUUCUAUUGAAAGAGCAAAAGCAAUGACGAACGAACAUGAUGAUUUACCUGGGUAUAUAGAUUUGUGUAAAGAAUAG